CCUGCUGCAACCGGCGAAUCCCACCAGGCGGCCUUACUACAGUAUGCGACACGGGCGCACCAGCGAAUCCGGUAAUCAAACAGUUGCUUACCGAUCGGUACCAUUGCCUUGCGACGUACUGAAAGGUGGCGAAGCUGGUCAGCGGUUUUGUGAAUCAGCCACCUGAAUAGGUACCAGCGUCAUCAGUCACCUGAAUAGGUACCAGCGUCAUCAGUUACCAUUAGAAGACUAGUCUUUGUGAAUGUGGUCGGUACGAGUCCCUUUAGACCCGUCUCCUCUCCUCCGGACUUCACAUGAGCUCCCGCAUUCAUUAGCCUCUCAACGUCUUCAUACCACCACUUCUAGACGACGAUUCCUUAGUUCGAUUCCACGUCUAGACCGUCAGACCGCCUCGGUCUGAUGGUCCCUUGAACCUCCAUAGGCCUCCCUUGACCCAUCGGACCGCAUCGGACCGCAUCGGACCGUCUCCGGACGACCCAGAAGCCGUUUCGGUACAUCUAGAACCAUUUUUUACUCUAUAUCUCCAGAGUUGAGCGCGGCCGGCAGUAGCAACGCCGUCACACGCGCCGUCAAACGCGCCGUCACACGCGGCGGCGGCAGCGGCGGCCAUGGAGGAGGGCGACGCGGCCGUGGCGGUGCGCGUGCUGAAGGAGCGGCUGACGUGGCAGCCGAGCGCCGUGGAAAGCGGGGAGCGCGACACCAGUACUCGCGCCAUGGAAGGGGGCGACACGGGGCGGUUGACGGAAAUAGAGGGCGACGCUAAUAGGCGCGUGAGCCGUGUGAUACAAACGGGCGAGGGCCGUGUGAGCCAUGUGAUACAAACGGUGGAGCUUGUAGCGGAGAACGAGGGCAACCGCUCCAGGCUGUAUGGGAUGCUGCGAGACGUGGUGUGCGACGGGCUGUGCCUGUCGCUGCUGCUGCUCGGGCCCAGAGGCUGCGGGAAGACUCUGGUGCUGCACCGCGUGCUGGCCGACCUCCGCUCUUCCCAUGACACCCCCCCGUUUCUUGCUGUGCAUCUGGAUGGUCGCAUGCAUGCUGACGACCGUGCCGCUCUCAAGGAAAUGGCGCGCCAGCUGGCGCUUUCUCUGCCACAGCUCGAUGCGCUCUCCCUGCAUUCCUUUUCAGACAACGUCAGGGUGCUUCACCACGUGCUCAGGCUGUGUGCUCAGGCCAGCAGAUCACUCAUUGUGGUCCUAGACGAAUUCGACCAGUUCGCUUCAAGGGGCAAGCAGGGCAUACUCUACCUGCUCUUGGAUGUCAUGCACUCACCAGACACGCACUUGGCAGUCAUUGGGGUCUCCGCCUCCCAGGAUGCAGACCAGCUUCUCGAGAAGCGCGUGCGCUCACGCUUCUCCAAUCGCAAGAUCGUCUUCCUGCCGCCGCAACCUGAAGACCUGAUAAGGUUACUCCUCUCAACCCUCACUCUCCCACUUGAAAGGCCUCCCUCUCUGCCCGCUGCAAAUGGUCUGUCAGAGGCCCCCUCAUGGCCUGCAUUUGCCAGUGCGUUCAACAAGCAGGCCCACACACUCUUCCAGAAUCCCACAGUCCUGGCUGUUCUGCUGCAGUCAACCGCUGUCAACCGCACUGUACCGCACCUCUUCAAGCUCGGGUUCCGGGCAGUAUGUGAGAUGGUGAGGCGGGGAGGCCAGACUCUCUCUGUGCCUGAUUUUGAGAGGGCCUAUGCUGCCACCACGCAGCCCAUCCGCCAGCAGAUGCUCUCAGCCCUGUCAGUGUUAGAGCUCUACCUGUUGGUGGCGUUGCAUCGCACUGAAGCACGCGCUGCUGCUACAGCUGCAUCAGGGCGCAGAGCAGGGGGAGGUGGCGGAGGCAGCAGUGCACCUGUUGGUGCUUCUGCUGCUGCUACUGCUGCUGCUGGUGCUGGUGGUGCUGGUGGUGCUGGUGGUGCACUGGAAGGGACUGCUAGUGGAUCGCACCCAAUCAACUUUCACACAGCCUUCAUGGAGUAUGAAUCGCGCAGAGUGGCGGCCAAGGGCUCCGUCUCAGAUGUCUUCUCUCAAGAGUCUGCGAUGCAGGCUUACGGGCGGCUAAUAGAUGCCAACUUUGUAGCGGUUGCAUCUGGACAGCUCUCAACCAGCGUGGAAGAGCUUGAAUUCUCGCCUGCCCGUUUAUUGGUAACAGCGCGCGAACUAGAAGAGGCUACAAGCAAGAAUCCUCGUGUUCCUCUCGAGUUGAGAAACUGGUUACAACAAGGUUUACAUGAAGGAGCUCCAUUGAUGUAGUGGAGAAGGCAUUUGUGUGAAUAAUAAAGGGCACAUGUCCCUCCUGCUGGAUUUCGACUAUUAUCAAGUCGUGCUGUAACGGAUUCUGAAGGUGUGUUGCUCCGAACCGCAU